AUGGCUAGGGGUGGGGGUAGGCAGAAGAAAGGCAUCAAAAACUCCAAAUUCAGCAACCGUCUACCUGUCCAGAAGAAGAACAUAUCCUUUGGGGAAGAAAACAUGGACGACGAGAUAGACGCCUGUAACUAAUGCAUUCCUCUUUCCCUUUUCCUCUUACUGCUCGCGUAUUUUAUGGCCUUUUUCUGCAGUUCUUUUUUAUGUUUGAUCGUUUUAUACCGUGCUUUUUGAUCAUUUUAACAGUUCACAAGCAGCGGGAUAUGAUUCCCUUCGACAAAAGCCACGACACUGGUAGGUCAUCGAGCUAACACAACUUUGUCCUUGACCACGCUUCACUGAACCGUCUCUUACUUGUAUUUUGUUUCCGUUUCUCGGGGGUUUGGUUGAAUGCUGAUCAUGCUUUAGAUGAAGAUGAGGAACAACCAGUCUUCGACUUUGAGGUUUGUUAAUUUGACGCCUUUGUUUUUAGUUCAGUUUCUUUCGUCGUUUUCACAAGUAAUUUGGUGAUAUUUGUAAUUUUAUAUUGCCUUGUCCAUAGAGCUUAUCUUAUUUAUUAGUGGUUGUUUUUUCAAACUAUUCUGGGUUUGAAGUCGUGAGAGUGGAUCGUGGAUUUUUCACUUCCCUGGGUUGUCUUGUACCUUCUCAGGAUAUUUACUGAGUAAAAAGAUUGAAAUAAUUAAUUCGGAGAGCUAGCUUUCUGAAAAGACAACCAGUUUGAUGUGGAAUUGGCCGAAUCGAACUGAACCUGUUAAUUUUGUUUUUGAGCUCAUUAUUUCUGAACAGUCAUGUUCUCUCUACCUGCCAUUUUUUGUGAAAUAAAAGGUUGGUGCACUUGGCUUCGAGUUGGUUCAUGUCUUUUUCCAACGUGUUUGGUGUUCAUAUGUUGAUCAUAAUAAAGCAACCAAACAAUGGAUGGCAGAAAUUUGAAUUAACUUUAUUCUAUUCAUCAUAUUUGAUGUCUGAUAAAUAUUUCCGUAAUAUUGGUUAAUUUUAAAAUAAAAAGAGAAGAUGAGCAUACGAUGAUUCUCAUCUAUAAUUCUGUAGGAACUGUCUUUCAUAUGCCAGUUUUGUUUCUGUGAUUGGACUUGUUGAUUAUUCUAACGAUUUCCAUUCUUUUUAUUUUUUAGUGUGUGUGGGUCUUUCAAGUCUUUCUAGUGUGACACGUUGUGCAUUCAUUCGUGCUAUCUAAACGUUUAUGUUUAAUUUUCUCACUCUUUGGAAAAUAUUUUUUUGUCAUUUCGUUGUCAAAAUUUUCAUACAUUUCCACCUUCUUGAUGAGGUUCACAUUUGGAUUUAGGGUUUACAUGAUGACAGUGAUGAUACCGAUGCUAGUGAUGGAGAUGCCAGUGGUCAUGAUGAUGAAAUUGGUAGGAACGGCAAAGACUAUGAAAAAAGUAAGGAUAUCUAAUCACGGAAUGUAUGCCUUGUAUGUCAUUUUUAAGCGAUUAUAAACCUUAACAACUGUGAUCUUUGACUAGUAGUUUGGUAUUUCACAAAAAUCUUGGAUAACUGUAAUGACGAGCGUUUAAAAGACUGUAAUUUGUUUACAUGAAUGUGGAAAGUUACAUUCCGUCACAUUGCAGGAUAUAGCAAUGUCUGGUUGUCGUUCAAACUAUUGUUUCCAUGUACAAAACCGAUUUCCUUGUAAUCAGCAAGAGAAUCUGGUAGUAUUCCUUCAUUUGAGAACUAACCAAACCAGUUACAUAUGUUUGACUACAAGAGCAUCAGAAAUCUUCUUUGACAAAGAAUCUGGUAGUAUCCCUUCAUUUGAGAACUGACCAAACCAGUUACAUAUGUUUGACUACAAGAGCAUCAGAAAUCUUCUUUGACAAAGAAACUGACCUGAAGGCAUAUAUAUAUAUACACACACACAUCGUUUGUUCUUCUAGUCCAUCUCUCACCAAGGAGACUGGUAGAUCAGGAAUAUGCUUCCCUCUAAUUGCUGUAGAGUUCCAGCCAUGAUUUCCCAUGAAAAAGAACAUAUUUUGUAUCAUUGUAGCUGGUUUUUACUAUCUGUGGGAUGCUUGAUACUCACACACUGCUCUUUUCUAGUGGUAAAACAGAAAAAGAUUUUGCAGAAAAAAUAUGGAGGAGUUGAGGAUGAUAUGUCUGAUGAUUCUGAACAAGAGGAAAAACGUAAGGCUUCAUUUGGUCGGGGAAAACAGUUCUUAUAUGGUGCUGACAACAUCGAUUUUGAGGUAUUUCGUAUCUAAACUGACGUCAAUGAUGCAUACUGACUGAAUUUUUCUCCCCAAAUUUCCUGUUACAAAUGAUUUACGAAUAGCUACGGUUCCUCUCUUUUGUGAAAUUUAAGAUACAAUCAGAUGAGGAGGACCUCGCUGAAGAGGAGGCCAUAGCUGUGAUGUCGCAGAAGGAGAAGGCAAAGUCUCUUUCAAUGGAAGACUUUGGUCUUGAAGAUGUUGAUGAGGAAGAAAGUGAUGAUGAUAAUCAGGAGAAAUCCCUUCAGGUGCUCAACUUGCAUGACCGACCUCUUAAGUUUGCUUCUGGCUGCUCUCUGUGUAGGAAUGAUUUUAAACGCAUGAAAUAUUAGUGAUGACCAUAAAUAGGAUUAUUUUCGAUUUUUUUUAUUUUUUAGUAACGAAAUAUUACGGUUGUUUUAACACAUCAGUUCCUCCUUGGAUUCUGUAAGCCCAUGUCACUUUGCUGAAAAGUCAUUGAAAAAAAUACAUCUAAUCGUAUGCCAAUGUGGUCAUCAUAUGCUGGAGUGGAAUUCUGAUUAAACAUUUGUACUUGAAAAUUACAACUCGAUUUGGUUUUUCCUUCUGCUUGCAGAAUUUUUUUGCUGGGAAGAGACCUGGAGACAAAUCAGAUGUUUUUGGUUCACUCGAAGAUGAGGCCUAUGAGAGUUAUGAGGAGGUUAAGAAGGACAUAAAUGCACUGACUAAGGAGGAGCAAAUGGAUGUCGUAUACAGGUACUUCAUCAUAUUCGUCUUGGAUAACUGUUUUGAUCAUCAUAAAUCUUUCAGAUGUAUUGGAGUCUCAGCUUUGGUUCUGAUGUUAUGCAAGUGGAAUUUUCUGAAGGGGCAGUCCUGAAAGAUUUCUGUUUCCUUUAUUUUCCUUUAAAAGGGGUAUGACUGAGCAUAACUAAAUUUAAAACAGUCGAAGGUUCUUUGGAUAGAAAUGCUUACGAUUUUUAAACAUACUCAACAGGAGGUAGACACUCCGAUAAUUACUUCCCACUGUGAGGUGCAAUUAGAGGCAAACCUUCUCUAAUCAAGCUUGGCGGCGGAUCCGUGAUUUCAAUGAGAAUACCGCUGAAACUCCUGAGUUAUGGCUUGAAACCUCUCUGUGUGCGAUAACAAUGGUUAUAACGGUAAAUCCCGGAGGAUUCCUGAACUCAGGAAGCAAGAACUCUUCAUUUUGAACUUGUAGAGAAAAAUCAGCUCACUAUCAUUGCCUUUACUAAUUCUCUAGCAUUCUGGCUUUAAAUAAUUUAUUCCUGAACUCCCUACCAUUGUCAUCGCGCUUCCUCCAAGAAAACUAAAUCGUAUCUUUAGGAAACACGUUCAACGUUUUCAGUUCCUUUAUUGAGCCUUGAGAGGAAUCAUGUCUUAGGUAAACCCCAUUAUUAGCAAUGCUAAACAUUGUCAUCCAGGAUAUGAGGUCAAGCAGAGUGAAAAACAUGAAGGAUUGGGGAUUUUCUUCUUUCGAUUCUUAAAGGUGUUGGAGCAUCCUGCAGCUUCCUGUCAAUGAGGACAGUGAAAUGUGCUGUUUUGAUACAACACUUCAUGCAUAUGACCCUCUAUGUGCAAUAAUUUAUCUUAAGUUUCCAUUAAAGUAAAUUCAAUAUCUCAGUUUAUUGGUUCUUUUCUAUUAAUUUUUUUAUUGACAUAGCCCAUUCAACAGUGAAAAUAUUCUCAAUUGAUCAUUUUGUGUCAUUUUGACUUUUGACUUGAAUGUCGGGUUUUGCAUGUACUUAUUUGAAAGGCCUGGUUGGCAUCUUUGAAAUUGGUCUUCUUUUCUUCGUGACACUAGAACAAGGAAAGUGACGUUCCAACAGUAACAUCCUUGUUCUUCCUGGGAGUAAUCGAUAGUCUCCCAAAUACCAGUCAUGAUAGUUUCACGAAUCGAAAAAGAGAUUUUUGGCAAACCUGCCAGCAUGUCAUUUGCUUUCAUAAAAUCUGUCACCGUCUAUGUUCUUUCUUGUAGGUGCCUUGUCCUUGGUUAGCUUAAUGAAGAUUUUUUCCAGAAGUUCAUUUUAGGAGCAUUACAUUUUUCAUCUUACUCUAGUUCAUUUUAAGUUUGCGUGUGGUCAGCUAGAUUAUAAUGUUGAUCUACUAUUUUCAAAAUAGAGUGUCUUUAUUGUUGGAAUUCACUUGGAUUCAAGCAACUGUAUUUUAACUUGCUUAUGAUACCGUACCAUCAUCAUACUCUAUUCUCCGGUGACAGUUUAUUUUAGAGUUUGGACUUUCACUUUUGUGCUCCUGAGUUUGGCUGAAAUUGAUUAUCCUUCAAAUUUCACACGCGCUUCUGCAUACACCCCCAAAAAAAAAAGAAAAAAGAAAAAGCGGAGUGAGUUGAUAUCAUUAAUUAAAAUGGGUCUCUGCUUGAUAAUUUAAUCCUAAUUUUAACUGAAUCAUUUGCUAAUCAUCCUCUACCAAGCUUUGUUUCUCAUGUUUUUUAGAAGCAGUACUGUUUUCUCUUGGAGCUCAUCCCAGUUAUUCUUUUGGCAGCUCUGCACCUGAACUGGUUGGUUUGCUGUCAGAAUUGAAUGAAGCACUGGACCAAUUUUACAGACUGAAGCCUCUCUUGCACAAGGUAGCAUUCUGAAUGUUUUGACCAGUUGUGUGUCAUAUGAGAUAGGUCAUGAGAAGUAGAGUUCCAAAGUGAAAUUUAAUCCAAAACUCUUUUGUACGUACUAAUUUUGUAUUUUCACACUUUAAUUUGUUGGUAACUAGGAUCGUUUCCAAGUCUAACGCCUCAUGCAUUCUAGGAUUUUCGCAUGUUAGAAAUCAUGAUUUGAGUAUUUGAACUUGGCAUUCAUUCUACUUACGAAGAAAAAUAACGAUCCCAACCUCUCAAAAUUCACCUCAUGUUCUUGUGUGAAACAGGAGUCGUGUUCUGUCAAUGUUGCCCUUUUUUCCUACUGCUUUUUCCUUUCGUCAUCUAUUCAGCAUCGCAUGUGGUGACUGCCCCUUCUUUUUCUCGUUUAAUAUUUCGUUUUUUUUCUUUUUUCUUCCUUCCUUUUCCUCAUCUAAACACGUUACAUGAAUCUCACUCUGCGGAUUUAGCUAAAUGGGGACAGACCUGCCAAAUUCUCUGCGCCUUGGCCACUGAACAAAUUGGUAAAUGGAGAAUUAUCUUGUGUGAGUCCCAGUUGGAGACAGCUUAAUCACCCUCACAUCACCGCAUUUCACAAAAGUUGUACUGGGAAAGGAAAUGUAUGUUCGCUAAAAGCCCUUAUGGAAAGCAUAAAACAAACUUCCUUUAGAAAAUGAUCUGAUAUUCCACUAUGCCAAGUAGGCUCAAAUUAUUUUUUUACAAACAUUAUUUGGGCUCUUUUCUGUCUCGGAAAAGCAUAGCUUUACGAAUUAUAAAGAUGGUUUAAACAUAGCAUCCUAAAGACGCUUUCCAUUGUAUAACAUUAUGAAAACGAUUUCUAUUUAGAGAUGGUCCAUUGACUUAUGUUAGAUGAAUUAGCCUCAAUUUCGAUAGAUAUGCGGAAUCUGUGAAAUUUGCUCUGAAAAUCGCAUGCUUCUUCUCCCAAAUUUAGCCUGGGUUUCAUAGAAACUUGUGGUAGGGGAUUGGGAAGAGUUGCAUUGUUUCUGUUUUUUCUAGGCCUAUUCCUUACCCGAUGCCCAGUUUUCAGUAUCAUUUUGGGAAGUAAUUUUUGGAACCUUACUUAUCAAACGACAGUUUUAAAGUUAGGUGAGCGGUGAAUGUGACCAUGCCUUUCUUUCUUUGAUGUAAAGUUAACUUUGAUGUAAACUAUCAGUAAGUUAAUUCAAUGUAAUGAUUUUGACCCCCGAAAAGUUUUUUCCCAUGAUCUUUUGAUGUCUUAUAGCGCAAGAUCUGGGUGAUGGGUGAGUAUGCCCAUGUCUUUCUUUCUUUGAUGUAAAGCAUGACUUUUAUUUAUAUAAACUGUCAGCGAGAAAUGCGUUGUUAUGAUUUUGGUCCGAAAAAUCCUCUUUCAUGGUCUCUUGGUUUCCGAUCAAGGGAGAUCUAUUAUAGAACUUCUCAACUAUUGUAUGAAGCUCACAGAUUUUCUACCAUAUUGAAGGCAAAGGACACGAAAGGACUAAACUAUUUUGAGACAAAACAGAAGCUGCUCCUAGCCUACAUACAAGCUAUUAGCUUUUAUCUCCUACUCAAGACUGAAGGGCAUCCAGUUCGUGACCAUCCAGUCAUCGCUCACCUUGUUGAGCUAAAAAAUUUGUGGGAAAAGGUUUUCCUCUCGAGGCUUUUCUUUUUUUCACUUUUCUGUAGUAAUCUGCCCACCCCGCGGCUUCUAGGAAGUUUCUCGCGUUUUUUCUGUCUGAAUUCGUUUUGUGGGGGUGCUGCUGAAUUUUAGACGGACAAUUUUGCCUGGUGGUUAUGUCAUUCUGUUAAAAUAAAAUAUAUUCUUAAUCUCUACAGGUGAAAAACAUGGAUAUCACUAUUUCUCCCCUGGUUGAGAUAAUUUCCAAGGACGACAAUGGGAAGGUCGCGGCGAUAAGUGUGGAGGAAGAAAAAGAUGAGCCAGCAUUAGGCUCAGCUGUUCUCACUGUCCCGCCUAAAUCAUUGGAGGUAGGUUGAGGUUUCUGUAUUGUCAUAUGUAUGUUAUCCAAGGAGCAAUUUCCGACAUGAUUCAGCACUCAAGUGUAAUGAUGAUACUGCAGCAGGCCACCGACGUGAGUGAGUCUACAGAGAAUGGCUCAUCAAAGGAAGACAGCCUCCCCAAACAGGGCCAUCAGAAACACCAGGUUCAUAAUUAGUAUUGGUAUCUUGCCACCAACAAACUCUUGUGUGGAAGUAACUCAUGUUCUUUUAUAUGUGUUUGGCAGGAUGGUCAAGUGGGGCAUCAAAGCUUGCAGAUGCUUAAAGUAAGGGCACUUCUUGAGCAAAAGUUGAAGGAAAAGGGUAUUUUUGAUUCUUUUACCGCAAAUUCUGCCAGGAUUCAGAAUGAAGCUUCAAAACGUGUGAACAGGUGCACGCACAUAAUUAUUGCCUGUUUAAAGUAGUUGUUUCCUUGUUAGUAGGCUCAUCUGUUUCAAAUCUCCAAUUGCAUCAGGCAAAUGGAGACAUUGGCCGACUUUGAUGAUGCUACUGACGGUGGCGUUGACCACGGAAAGAACGGGAAACUUAAUAAGCAUGUUUCUACGAAAGUCAAGAGGCCCACGGUAUGCCAUUUUUCAUGUUCACCGAACUUUGAUGAUUCUGUGAAAAGCCUCGAUUGUUAGAUCCGUUGGUAUAUACAGAUCAUGCUUCGGUUUCUAGCUUUAUGCAGACUUUCUUUUAACAUAGUGAAUACAUCUAACUCACGCGGUUCGUCUCCUACCUGAUCUUCCUGCACAUGAUCACCGAUUAUAAUAUCUCUGGUCAUCGGCACGCUUUUGAGGGGUGAUCUUGUUUGCCAUUUACGAAAGUCAUCAUACGAUCAUGAGCAUUGAUAUGCCUCUUCUGGUUGUAUUUUUAUGAUCCAGCUGGCUUCUGGCGAUGAUGACUUACCCAAGAGGGAGAAUAUCGGAGAGAAGCGGAGAAAGUACGACCACCGGGUCCUCGCCAGAUCGGGAGCCGGCUCCCUGGAUGAUGACGACAGAGCCGUCAGAUCGCGGGGCACUGAUGAUGAUACGGAGACUGACCUUGGACAGGUGGAAUCAGAGGACGAGUUUUACAAGGAAGUGAAGAGGCAGAGGCUCACGAAGCUCUCGGCAAAGGCUGCGCUAUACACGAGGCACGCAUUCAGCGGAAAAUUAAUUCUCUGACCAAUGGGUGCCCCUUUUUUUUUUUUUUUUUGCCUCAUAACCGAAGCGGCUUUUCCUUCUGACUGUGUUUCUACGUUGACCUCGCAGAGAUCCAGUGGUUCCAUCAUCUAUAGAGACUGAAGCUGAUGGCAAGCGGCAGAUCACCUAUCAGGUUAGUGUUUCUAAGGCGAUUUGAGUGGGUCUCGGCCCCCAAUCCUGCUUGACGAGGUUAGAUCCUGGAGCUGCCUUUAAUCCUUGUUCUCGUCGACCAGAUGGAGAAGAACAAGGGGCUUACGCGCAAACGGAAGAAGCUCACUAAGAUCCCACGAAAGAAAUACAAGGCAAGUUUGCUUGGGUUUCUCAUAAAAACUCGUCUGCUCUCCUCUCUCUCUUUCUACUUGGGUUUCUCACCAAAACUCUGCUGCUCUUUUCUCUCUCUCACUCUCUUUACUUGGGUUUCUCACCAAAACUCUGCUGCUCUUCUCUCUCUCUCUCUCUCUCUCUCUCUCAUGAGUUGGUGAUUUUCUCUCCCCUCUUGGUCCGAUUUCCAGCUCAAACACGAGAAAGCCGUGGUGCGUCGGAAAGGGCAAGUCCGAGACAUUCGGAAGCCAGCGGGUCCGUACGGAGGAGAGGCCUCUGGAAUCAACACGAGAGUCAGCCGCAGUAUCAGGUUCAAGAGCUAG